AUGCUACGGGUUUGGCAACGCGUGCAGCAUGCACUCGAUGCGGCUAUGGGCCUUGGACCCAGAAUUCCUCCGACUGCCCCAGCAGUAGCGAUAGCAGGACCCGAUGGUGUUACAAGGACUCCUGGUAACUCCUACAGUAUCCAAGAUAUGAUGAAUGACAUGCGGAUAUUGCUGGGAGUACCGAAACGCAAGACGCCGAAACCCAAGAAAAUAACUCGAAAGUUUUCCUAUACCCGAUUGUUGUGGCCUGUGAAAAACCUGGUAACCUGUCCGUCUUGUGGGCAUUAUCACCAAGCGGAUACUAUCUGCGGUCAUUGUUACGAGAAGGUCCAUCAGCUGACCAACGAAAUAAAGCGGAAGAUGAUGUCAUACAAUCCAUACAAAGGCGAAAAGCAAGACAAGGAAGUUCACGUUAAAUUUACCGACGAUAAAGUAGAUGAUGGAGUACUGCAUGGAAAACGAGUAAUAGAAAUGGAAAAGGAACGGCCUACCUGGUUCAAGAAACUCUUCUAG